AGUCGUCCAAUCAAAGCGGUUCGCGCCCUACGUCCGCUCACGCUUCUUUAUCACAUCGCGAUAAUGAUUUCGAAGCGGUCGCACACGAUAAACAAUAACAAAAUUUACUUAAAACCGCCCGCAUUGACAGUUCGCUCAUAGCACACCCGACCUUCGCGCCGCGAGCACAUCCUCAGUGCAUCCCGCAUUAAAAUAAAUAAAAUACACAAUAAAUAAAAAGACGAAAACCGCAGCCGGUUUGGUUCCUUCGCGUUGUUGAUCGAAAAGAAGUAAAAAAAUCAGGCGCACGCAAAACGAAACAUUGUAUCAUGAAACUUCAGUUAAGUUUGAAUGUGGUGUAGUUAUAAAAUUAAAUAAAGUUAACCGUGAGGUUUUAGUGCAAGAAGAAAUGAGUUAAAUAAAUGUGGAUUGGGAAAGUGAUUGCAAACGCACAUCCUACAAACCUCCAUUGAUAGAAUAUUCAACAACUUUCGUCUGACCCGGCUUGGAAUAAAUGUAAAUAUGGGUAGCCGAUGGAUUCUGUUGCUCGUGGUUGCAGUGAACCUGGUGCACUGCAAUGAGAACGAAAUCAAAGAUCCCACGCCAAUUGUGUAUGAACCAUCAUGGGUGUUUAAAUGCAUCCCGAACGUGGGUUGCCAACGAGCAGCGCACCCUCAGUCGAUGAUGACCACGAACUCUUCGCACGUCUUCUAUGACAGCAUAGAUCUGUGCAGGACGGUCUGCGGCAGGUUCGGGGGCAUCUGGCCCAAGCCGCUGACGGCGGGACUUAGCAUGCAGACGGUGCAGAUGCAUCCUACGCAUCUUAGAUAUGACCUGAGCGACGUGCCAGCCGAGGCUCGGGAGCUCAUAGCGCAGAUGACGCAAGUGGCGUCCUCCAACCUCCUGGCGGAGUGCAGAGGGAACGUCACCGAGGUGGUGGACACGUCUGUCGUGGUCUACCUGGUGGUCACUUCGGGGAACCUGGACCUGACUUGGGACACGGAUGAGAAGUACGACCUGGAUGUCCAGACUAAGAAUCAAAAAGUAUCAGUAACAAUAACUGCAGCAACAGUAUACGGAGCUCGGCACGGUUUAGAGACAUUCACCCAGCUCGUCACGGCAGACAGACCAGAAUACUCGGAUCAAACUCGCUGUGCUCUCCGCGUCAUAUCCGGUGCAAGAAUCAAGGACUACCCUGCUUACAGGCAUAGAGGACUAGUCCUGGAUACAUCAAGACACUUUAUUCCCAUGAAGGACAUCAAAAGAACCAUCGACGGAAUGGCUGCAUCGAAACUGAACGUCUUCCAUUGGCAUGUGACUGAUUCGCACAGCUUUCCGUUGGAAUCAACGAGGGUACCACAGUUUACAAGAUACGGCGCAUACUCAUCAUCCGAAAUCUACUCUGCAGAAGAAGUGCGUCAGUUGAUCAAGUACGCCCAGAUUCGUGGUGUGCGAGUCGUCAUUGAAAUCGACUCUCCUGCGCAUGCAGGAAAUGGCUGGCAGUGGGGACAGGACUACGGCUUUGGUGACCUAGCAGUCUGUGUGAAUACUGAGCCCUGGCGAGGGCUAUGUAUCCAGCCUCCGUGUGGCCAACUGAACCCUGCUAACCCUACUAUGUACAGGGUUCUGAGAAACCUGUACAAGGAUCUAGCAGAAGCUCUGCCCAAACCUGCCCUUUUCCAUAUGGGUGGUGAUGAGGUAUUCUUCCCGUGCUGGAACUCAAGCGAGCAGAUCCGGACAUACAUGCAAGAGAAGGGUCUCAAUACAACGACGGAAGGUUUCCUUCGGCUCUGGUCGGAGUUCCACGAGACCAUACUUUCCAUUUGGGACGAGGAGCUGAAGGCAAUAGGGACCGACGCCCAGCCAGUGAUACUCUGGUCUUCAGCGCUGACCAAGGCAAACUACAUACAGAGAUUCCUCAAUAAGGACAGAUACGUCAUCGAAGUCUGGGAACCCUUAGACAGUCCUCUCUUAAUGGAACUGCUUCGUCUCGGCUACAGAACUAUCAGCGUCCCCAAAGAUGUUUGGUACUUAGACCACGGUUUCUGGGGUUCCACCAAGUUUUCCAACUGGAGGAGAAUGUACGCGUAUAUCCUGCCAAAGAGCCAGCACAUGUUGGGAGGAGAAGUCGCUAUGUGGAGCGAGUAUGUGGAUAAGGAGGUUUUAGAUACACGCAUCUGGCCCCGCGCCGCCGCCGUGGCCGAAAGGCUAUGGGCCGAUCCGAUGUCCACGGCCAGUGCUGCAGAACCUCGGCUCCAAAGGUUCCGCUCUCGUCUGCAAGCCCGAGGCCUUCGUCCUGACGCCAUGUCGCCGGCCUGGUGCGAACAGCACGAUGGCAGAUGCUUGUAGAGAUAAUAAGUGACAGUGGCUGUAGGAAGAUAGAUGAGAUGUGACAGUGCAGUGGCUGAAAGGACUUCGUGCGAAGCCGUGACAUGUAAAAACAAGUGACGGUUGGCUUGGUUUGGUGCAAAACCGUGAAGCAUAUAAAAAGAAAGCUGACAAUUACUGAAAGGACUUGAUCCAAUGCAUUGAAACAUAAUUUAAAAAAGCAAUGUCACAGUUGCCGAAAUGGCUUGGUCUGUGGCUGUGAAACACAUGAAAAAAGUUAUGUGACAGUUGCUGAAAGGACGGUCAUGGCCGCUUAUCAAUGUGACAGGACUGUGCCUUCGUGUUUGUGAAUUUGGAUGUCUACCCUUAAAUUGUUUCUAGAUAGUCGAUCUACUUAGGUACUUACUUAUCAAAAUGACUACAUAGGACACAGUCAAAACUAAUUUACCUAUUUAAUUAGGGUUACAGUUACGACUGAUUUUGAUUUUUUGAGGUUUUACUUGAAAUGGACC